AUGCCUUCCCUCACAUUUUCUUCCGACGCUGCCUCAGCGAAGCAAAACUCCAUCUACACACGACCACAGAAGAAGCAAAAGAUGAGCAUCACCCAGACCUACUUCCUCGCCCACAGUGCCCGCGGCAAGCUCUCUCGCGAGGCUGCCCGGCCUGACCACGACCUCCGGCUCUUGGUCGGACACGCGAACAUGCUCGACUCGCUGAUGCUCGACCUCGCCAACGCCGAGCAGGAGCAGGAGCGGUGGUUCAACAACAUUGUCAACGGUUCAUCUGAGGAGGAGGAAGAGAAGGCCAAGAAGGUCGAGACCAUCACCGAAGAGGAUGAGCAAUCAGAAUCAGAAUCGGAGGACGAGGCUGAGAUCACAGCCGUGGAAGUCGACUCGGACAUGGAAGACGACGAAGAACUCCUCACACUCACCCGCACCGCGUCUCGACACUCCCCUCCCGAACUGAGCCUCGACACCGACUCUUCAUCGGACUCGGACGAGGAUGAAAACAUGGUGCCACUCUCACCGCCUUCCCCUAUGGCUGUCGAGACUCUCAGCGAAAAGCAACGACAGGCCAUCGCCACGACAUCAUACUACGACGCCAAGGAAGCGUCUUCGUUAUCACCCACAGAGUCGGAGGCCUUUGAACAAGAAGGCUUCUAUCUACCAUCAAGGCAACAGCCGACGAUAAUCGCUGCCUACUAG